AUGGUUAGAGUCGGUCCAGAUACUUAUAAACGAUUACAAAAUGAUGCUUCCUGUAUCAGGAAUAUAUGUAUAGUUGCACAUGUGGAUCAUGGUAAAACAUCACUUUCGGAUUCUUUAUUAGCAUCAAACGGUAUCAUUUCGCAAAGACUGGCCGGUAAAAUACGUUAUUUAGAUUCCAGACCAGAUGAGCAAGUACGUGGUAUUACAAUGGAAUCAUCUGCUAUUUCCUUGUAUUUCAGAGUCUUACAUAAGCAAGAAGGCACGGAUGAGCCAUUGGUCAAUGAACAUUUGAUCAAUUUAAUUGAUUCACCAGGUCAUAUUGAUUUUUCAAGUGAGGUAAGUGCAGCAUCUAGAUUAUGUGAUGGUGCUGUAGUUCUUGUAGAUGUAGUAGAAGGUGUGUGUUCUCAAACUAUUACUGUAUUGAGACAAUGUUGGGUCGAGAAAUUGAAACCAGUUUUGGUUUUAAACAAGAUGGACAGACUAAUUACAGAACUUCAAAUGACUCCUCAGGAGACUUAUCUCCAUUUGAAUAAGAUAAUAGAACAAGUUAAUUCCGUCUUGGGUUCUUUCUUCGCUGGUGAAAGACAGUUAGAUGAUUAUUCAUGGAGAGAACAAUUGAAAGAGAAUGAAAACGCUGAAUUUACUGAAAGAGAUGAUUCUGAUAUAUAUUUCCAUCCUAAGAACAAUAACGUUAUCUUUGCAUCAGCUGUUGAUGGUUGGGGUUUCAAUAUUGGACAAUUGGCAAAAUUUUAUGAGCAAAAGCUAGGUGCGAAAAGAGAAAAUCUUCAAAAGGUUCUUUGGGGUGAUUUCUAUUUAGAUCCAAAGACCAAAAAAAUUAUUAACAAUAAAGGUUUGAAAGGAAGGAAUUUGAAGCCAUUGUUUACAUCUUUAAUUCUCGAUAACAUUUGGAAAAUCUACGAAAAUAUUGUCAUUGCAAGGGAUGAUGAAAAGAUCAGCAAAAUUACAGAUACGUUAAACAUAAAAUUAUUACCUCGUGACCUUAGGUCAAAGGAUGACAAACAAUUAUUAAGGAACGUGAUGGGACAAUGGUUACCUGUCAGUACAGCUGUCCUACUGACUGUCAUUGAAAAAUUACCUUCUCCUGUAGAAUCUCAAAAGAAUAGAUUAGAUACUAUCUUGAAGAUAGAUACUGAUACUGAAAAUGUUGAUAAACAUUUGCUAGACUCUAUGAGCACUUGUGAUAGAAAUGGUCCAGCAUGUGCAUAUGUCUCCAAAAUUAUUUCUAUUCCAAGGGAAGAGCUACCUGUGAUUGGAUCUGCAGAAGUCUCGCCAGAUCAAAUUAUGGAAAGAAGUAGAAAGGCUAGAGAAGAAGCCUUAAAAGCCGCUAAGAGAGCUGAAAUGUUGGAAAAUAUGGGUAAAUUGGAUGUCAAGGGUACCGAGGCUGAGGAUGAAGACCUUUAUAAAAGAGCUAAGGAUACUGUCAUUACCCCAGAUAUUGGUGAGAAGAAGCAACCUGUACCAAAACUCAAUGACACGUUUGAAAUUGUAACAGAAGCGGCCCCAGCAAUGAAUAUUGAUCUUGGGUUUGAAUACGAACAGGACGAGGAUGAGGAUGCUAAUCUUGAUGGCGACUUAGAUUUUGUUCCAGCUGAUAUUGAUCCUAAUGAUCCUUUGAGUGCUAUGUUUGAGUACGAAGAAGAAAAUCCAUUAGAUGACACUGGUGUUAUGGAUCCAUUUGAUUAUGAAGAUGAAAACGUUGAGGAUUUAUUUAAUGAAAAAGAUGAAGUAUUAAUCGGAUUUUCAAGAAUUUAUAGCGGUUCACUUGAGGUAGGUCAAGAAAUUUGUGUACUUGGUCCUAAGUAUGACCCAAAGAAUCCAACUGAGCAUAUUCAAACCACGACAAUCACAAGCUUGUAUCUAUUUAUGGGGAAAGAGUUGGUUCCAUUAGACUACUGUCCAGCUGGUAAUAUUGUCGGUAUUGGUGGUCUUGCAGGUAAGGUUCUGAAGAAUGGUACAUUGAUAGAAAAUGGGAUUAAUGGUGUUAAUCUUGCUGGUGUGAAUAUCAACAGUACUCCUAUUGUUCGUGUGGCAGUUGAACCUGCCAACCCAACGGAGAUGGGCAAAUUAGUAAGAGGUCUGAAAUUACUUGACCAAGCAGAUCCAUGCGUGGAGGUAUAUAUUUCAGACACUGGUGAGCACAUUUUAUGUACUGCAGGUGAACUACAUCUGGAAAGAUGUCUAAAUGACUUACAGGACAGAUUUGCUGGUGUUGAAGUCACACAUUCUGAGCCUGCUAUUCCAUACAGAGAAACUUUCAUAUCAGAGAGUGAUAUGGGACCUCCAAAGAAUAAAGUAUUUGGAAGAGGUGUUGUAGAAUCUUUGAUAGGUAAGUAUAAAAUUAGAUUAAGAACCAUACCAUUAGAGAAUGACAUCACAGUAUUCUUAGAUAGACAUGAAUCGUCGAUCAGACAUAUAUUUGGAAAUAAUGAUGAUGAUUCUGUUCCGAAGACUAUUGAAAGCACAAUACUAGAUAGAUCAACUUUUGUGAGUAAAUUGGAAGAGUUAAUUUCCAAACAGGAAAAUUUAGCAAACAUAUUCGGUGAUAAUUUGUCCAAAGUGGCUGCACUAGGUCCUAAAAGAGUUGGUUGUAACAUCUUAGUAUCUGAAAACAAUUUGCUAGGAAGUCUGCUGAACAAAAGUAGUGGUAAAUUUGAAUUCUCAGAUCCCAUUAUUAAUGGUUUCCAAAUAUCGGUUAAUGAGGGUCCUUUAGCUAAGGAACCAGUUCAAGGUAUGGUUGUUGUAAUGGAAGAUAUCCACGAAAUGACGGUAGAUGAAAUUUCUGCUAUAGCAGAUGAGCAUUAUCAAAUUGAAAUACCAAAUCUUUCUGGUAGAUUUAUCAACCAUACGAAAGAUCAAAUUCAUGAAUCUUUCCUCGACUGGUCGCCAAGAAUUAUGUGGGCUAUUUAUACAUGUGAUAUUCAAACAUCCGUGGAAGUCCUUGGUAAAGUAUAUGCUGUGGUACAACAAAGACAUGGUAAGAUUGUUUCUGAAGAAAUGAAAGAGGGUACUCCAUUUUUCCAAAUUGAAGCAGAGAUUCCUGUGGUUGAAGCCUUCGGUUUGAGUGAAGACAUAAGAAAGAAAACCUCGGGUGCUGCUCAACCACAGCUUGUGUUCUCAGGUUUUGAAUGUAUUGAUAUCGAUCCAUUCUGGGUUCCAACUACUGAAGAGGAGUUGGAAGAGCUUGGUGAUACUGCUGAUAAAGAAAAUAUUGCUCGUAGACAUAUGAACAAUAUUAGAAGACGUAAAGGUUUAUUUGUCGAUGAGAAGGUUAUACAAAAUGCUGAAAAGCAACGUACUUUAAAGAGAAAUUAG